AUGUCUGUUAAUCCACCAACUGGUGGUAACAAUGCUAUCGUUCUACCAAUCUUCGAUAAAAUUCGUUUAUCCGACUUGCUCAGAGCAGCUGUACAAAAAACAUACCACGAAUUAUAUACAAUGGCAGAUGUCUUAGUCCACAAGUCAGCGCUAGAAAGAAAAAUCGAAUUAGUAGGAUUUGUCUAUCGCACACGACAAUUGUUCAUCCGAAUACUGGCAAUUGUCAAAUGGGUGGCUACAACAGGCCGCGUCACGGCGUGUGAAGACAUUCAAAAUUUUCUGGAAAUUCGUGCUCAAUUGAUACGUCAUACAUCCGAUACUUUAGCUCUACUUGCACGUGGAAAACUUCUCGAAGCUCGUGUACCAAAUUUUCCAGUUACAGAUGCAAUUGAUGUGUUAACACUCGGUACUGUGAAUUUUCUUCCUAAACGUAUCGCCGAAGUAACAACAACCUUCACGCCCGCGACAGAGAAAGAACGUCAAAAGAUCUUACCACGUUUACAGCAAAUUCUCAUGGCAAGAAUAUCAACAUCAGAAUUACCAAUUCAAUUUACUGAUGUGAUAAUCAAAAAUGGAAUGGUGACAUUAUCAGUUGAAGGCGAAUUUGAAGUUAGACUGGGUGUUGCUAAUGAUAAUCUUUCGUCUCCGUGGUAUAUUUAUCAAACGAAACUGUUCCUACGAGAUUCGGAAGAGCCAGAACAAGAACUUAUACACCCGAUGCAGAUGCAAGUGAUGACAAAUUUUAUUCAAAAUUUGCUGUAUGAAUCUGACAAGCCAUUAGUCGAUCUUUACCAACGCCUUCAUUAUUACUGUCAAGCAUUACGUUUACAAAUUCUGUUCGAACAAGCUCACCGAAUAGGAAAUCAAGCUGGAAAGCAAAGGGAGUUAGUCAUAUCCAAAUACGUACCUUGCAAAAGCUUUUCCGUCGAAUAUUGGAAAGAUUAUAGCACAAAUACACUCAAUAACAAUACUCAAUCAAGGAAACAAGUUGCCAAUGGAAAAGCCAUUGAUAUUGGCAUGACAAUCAUAUGUGACGAUGAGGGUAAAUUUCAAAUUCAACACUGGCCACCAUUACCCGUUGAUGAUAGUAUAGCAAUAAUGAACAUACUACAGAAACCUGUAUUUACAAUGGAAGAAAUCUUGAAUCGUACAAUCUACGCACGAUGUCAGCGUCGAUUUGAAGAAUUAAGAGAAACACUCCUACCAGCUGCAAUGUCAAUUAAAAUCGAUGCAUCUAUUCCAGUAUUAAUAUGCGAUUUUCUACCUGAGAGCACGUCUGAUGAAAGGUUAUUCAUCUCCAUUAGUCCCUAUUCAGGUUUAUAUAGAGCCGCUUCGUAUAUGGAAACACGUUUUUCAAAACAAAUCGAAAGUGCUCUCAAUAAUAAUCCAAAUAAUCUCACUGAGCCAAUCAAUUCUUUUAAAAUUUGGUUGAUCCAGCAACGUGUCCCGCCGCUUCUAGCCCAUCUGAAUUGUCGAAUUUAUACACGAAUUCCAACAUUAAAUCAGAAGAACGAACUCAUUGUGGCGUUUAUUAACAAAACCGUUGCUAUUGAACUGAUUCAUCAUGAAGGAUUUUACAUCCUUAUUUAUGUUUCGAAUGUCGAACAGUUAUUACUUGAAUAUUAUUUAUUAAUUGUGGAAAAACGUCUGUCAACUCACGAACCGCUUGUUCUUCAGCAGCAAAUUUCGAAUCAGCAACCAAAACCGAAUGAUGAAGAGAUAAAGUGGACAUUGGAACCGUUAGUUUUAUGUCCAUUAGAUCCAACAAUGUUUCUACGAAAAGAAUUGUUUGAAUUCAAACAUCUAUUCCAACACUCGAAAAAAACUAAUGAUGACGACCACGAUGACCUAGGGAUGAUUCGGACUCAAGCGGUAUCAGUUUCAUCGUUGAAAUCUUUGGUGAAAUUUGUCAAUUACUAUGAUGAAAUGCUGUCGUUUAUCUUUCUCAAAGAUGACUUUCAACGUAAAAACGCAUCAUGUAAAAAUCUUCUUUAUUGCUCAUGGACUGGCAUUCCUUAUCUCACAAUUACCCGAAUAUCGAUGAACAAUGAAUCGGAUUCAUCAAAUGUGGAUUUGAUCGGUUAUGUUAAUGAAUACUUUUGGCCCCGAAUACAAUCAAGUACAAUUCGAAUGAAUUACACCUUGUACGAUUCGUCAAAGGAGAAAACGUCAGUCGAUCAACUAUGGAUAACGAAUCUGACUUUCUUCAAUAAUAACUACUUUCGCAAUGCCUUCAUAAAGACUCCGUAUAAUUUGUUGUUUACUUUCCUACACCCAACGCGUAAACUCUAUUCGAACAUCGUCGAUUUUGUUCUACAUGAAUUUCGCAAGACGUUUGAAUUGACGUAUUUAUUUGAAGAUUAUUCCUCAGCUUUAUUAGAAUCCGUGGAAUUUCAUGCAAUAUCAAAACUAGUUUUAUUUAAUUUCUCUCAAUGUGUAUUUAACUAUGGGCCUGAUUUUGCUUUCUCUGUGACGAUAGCAUUUAAUAGUAAGCAAACGGAACUAGCGUCAGAAAAAAUCUUUGAUUUUCGAUUCGAAACAAAGAAAACAACAUUUCUAGCAACAGCUCAUCGCAUAUUAAAUAGGAAAUUAUUGUUAUUUUUGAAUCAAACACAAUCAUUAAAACAACUGUUACGCUUAUUAUACAUGACUGCGAUACCAAUAUCGGCAAUUGCUCGAUUAAAUUGUUUUAAUCGACCAAUCACUUAUGCUCAUCAGGGUGGUUGCGUUCAGCCACUGUUGACACUUAUUCCAUACACGGAAUCUCGAUGGCGCUUAAUCUUUGGCCAAGUGUUCACUCUGGACAUUCAAAUUUGCGGUCCAGAUCUCAUUCUUGUCCGUGAUGGUUCAUUUAGUGUACAGUUGAAUAGUUCCUUGUCCGAUCUAUCGCCUAUUCCUCGAUUGAAAGAGUUUCUCUCGUCAUACGCCGAUGACCAUGGUUUAGCACUAGAAUUUUCCAAUAUAACUGAUGGUUUUCAUGAAAAAGAUUUAGUAUCACCCGACAUGCAAAUAACACUUCCGCCAUUGACUACAGCAAAUCAAAAUGGUAAUGAUUCUACGGCGUAUAAUUCUCUGAUGGAUACAACAAACGAACCACCCGUUUCAUCACCAAGUGAUAUCUAUGAUGCUAUAUUUCGAGAUUCGCUGCCAGUUACUUCAGCUAUAGCAACGUCAAAUAAUCAAAAAGAGCAUUCCGGUGAUCAACAAACGUCUAUUUCCUAUAGUUACAAUCAUGAACUGUUGACUCAACCAAAUUAUCCUGUAUAUAUGAGUCAGAAAACAUUCUUUCGAAUGAUUUAUACACCCGAUGGUCGUUGUUGGUCAAGAUUAGAGUCAUUCUUAGCGGCGUCGAUCCUCGUCCGACAGUUUUCUAGAGGUGUGACGGAGCCGGUCGAUGCAAAUAACACUACGAUUCAAUCGGUGCCAAACGAACAAGAUACUUAUCGAAUCGAGCGUUUAUCGCUUCAAAUUUCCUUUGUGUUCGAUAGUUUUACAAAUAUUUACCGUAUCCGUUUGAUUUCUAUCUUUGAUCCAGCAUUACCGAUACAACAAUCAUCGAACAUAUUCUGGUCGCCGAACGAACUGGAAAAUAUGGAAACCUUUCUCAAUGAAACGUUCUUCCCAGUAUCGCCAUACACAAACAUAACGACGCCACCGAUCGAUAUUCUAUCUUUGCAAGCAUCACAAAAUUUGAGUACAGCAAUGGGUUCAUUUCAUCGGAUGCUUACUUUGAUUCAGCCGCGUACCCUGAAAGACCUAGUGAAAAUAAUUGAACUCGAACAGAGUCCUGAAAGUCACGACCAUUUCUGGCGCGCACAUUGGUGUUUGGCAAUUCCUUCAGGUUGUGGUUUUUCACAAGUUGGUCAACCUGGCAUAUACUACCAACCUAACCGAUCACAUUUUCUUUUUGUGUUCCGAUUUACCUCUCGACUCAAUCCUAAUGACAGUUCGCUCGCUAACAAUCAACACACAUCCACAUUUGUUGUUCCGUUAAUCUACGAUAUGGCGAAUAAUCAAACAAAUCUUUGGGAUGGGUCGUCAAGUAAACAUCCGACCAUAGGACACGAACUCAAAUAUCAAACCAUCACAAAGCUACUGACUGCACUGAAAGAAACCCUCGAUAGAAAUGAAUGUUCAUUGUAUCCAACAAUACUCGAAUUAGUAACUCGUUUACAAGUUCCAGCAGCAUCGAAUAAUUCCUCUUCAUAA